UUUGACGCGAGGGUUCAAAGUAUAUGUCACGCGACCUACAUUUGUGAAUGGGCUCUCAAUGUAGUCCGGGUAGACCUACAUUCGACCGAUAGACCUACUGAGUACAGAUACGUGUACUAGUAUUCCCUUGACAUUGAGACGGUGGUGGGGAAUAAACAAGGACAAGAUUCGUGAUAUGAAAUUAGAGUAUGACUCACGAGGCGACAAUCGGCUGAUCAGGACAGUUGAUGUGGUUGUCCAAACAGUCCGUGUAUUUCUGAGAAUGACCUCAAUAUGCCUUCUGUUUCUGUGAUUGACUGAUCACACUGAGUUUCGGAGUUUAUCCCGUGUGGUAUAACAGUAUGGUAAUACGUAUACAUAGGCCUAUUUCAUUGUCACCAGGACACAGCAGCGACAAUGACGUUGACAUAUUUCCACCCUGGAUUGAGAUUACAAACGGCUCUCUGUUUUAUGACGGUUUUGCCAACAACAUGUUUGGCGGCUAUUAUAAGAGACACCCCUCACCUGGGAACCUACCCCCAUGAUGGAGUCACCUGUUUCAAGUGUCCACCUGGAACAUACGUAGACAAGCACUGUACUGGGGACUUCACAUAUUCUGUGUGUAAUGACUGCCCUGUUGGCACCUUCCAGUCUCACUACAGCCAGGCAACAGAGUGCUCCCCUUGCCAGACAUUCUGUCUCCAUGACGACAACAUGGAGGUGGUUGAGAGUUGUACAUCCACCCAUGAUGUGAAGUGUCAGUGUAAACAAGGGUAUUAUUUACAGGUGAAAGACGUGUUCUCCGAUAUAAAAAUAUGUAAAAUAUACAGUUCCUGCCCCGAGGGACAAGUUAUAAAAAACCCCGGGACAUCAACAUCAGAUACCGAAUGUGGUUAUUGUCCAGAGGGUCAGUUCUCCAGGGAUGGACAGUGUCGGACAUGCAGCUCGUGUAGUGGGGAGAACAACACGCAGCUCAAACCCUGUAAUGAAACUUCUGAUGCCCAGUGUCUUCAUCAUCACACAAAUGAUACGACCGAAUUAGUUACGGGAAUCCCAGAAAUAACGACCCACAAGAAGGAUGGCAAUAUAGGCGUGGUAGUCGUGGUUGUUCCAGUAGUUCUGUUGUCCCUCAUUGCUGCGGCAGUACUUCUAGCAGUACGUUAUGUUAUGGCAAGAAAAGGUCAAAAGGGGAUCUACAGCAUUGAACUGAAUGAAAGAAGAGUCACUGAACCCCUAAUUGACAGAUCCAACUCCACGUGUUCAACUCAACCACCAAGGAAAAAACAAAGAACAUUCAGUGGUAGUAGUGCUGUCAGCGCAAGAACAGUGUCAUCAUUUCCCGAUCUUAGUGAUCCAGACAUGUGGAAGCUGAGAGUGUUCGACCUCCUGUGCAGCAGACUCACGAACUGGAAACGAUUCAUGAGAUACCUUCCAGGGGAUGCUGACUUUAGAUCGAAUGUAACCAGUCGAUGUGAGCAGAUUCAAUGGGAGGAACAGGGUGAUGUAAGGGAACAGAUCCACAAGGCCCUGGAAGAAUGGUCACGGUGCAAUGAAGAUGGAUAUGUUAAGAUUGACAGCAUACUCGAUACCAUAGAACAUGUUAUUGGGCAUAAUGACAAACUAUACAAGGAUGUUUGGGACCUGUGUUGUGAACUAGCCAAAGAACAGAAACAGAAACAUACCCCACAGUCUGUUGUAUGAUGUGCGGACGUACCACCGACAGACAGAAAACCUGCAGGAUGGCAAUGUGUGGAGUCAGCACUCUGUGAUCGUUAUAAGGAGACCUUAUUCGGUCCGAAAGACCAUUGGCUGUGUGUUGUGAUGGAAUGUGUAGAUGCUGAAGUGGUUGCCAUGGUACAACUACCCACGGUUAAAUAUAGAUUGCCAAUUCAAGAGAACAACCAGCCUAGAUUUUCUGCCGAAACAGAUUCCACUUGACGCAAAGGGCCAUAUAGCGGAAAUUAUAUGAAUGGACCACUGAAAAUCAGUAAUGACACCAGGUGUUCACGAAAAGGUUAAGUUAUUGAACAUGGACUCGUAUGCAAUUCUGUGAUAAAAACAGUGACUUGUGCUAUUUAUAUGGAGAACCUUCCUGAGUUCAUGUGACUAUUGCUUCGGUGGUGUGAUGGAAUGUGUAGCUGUCACAACGACAGAAUGGUUACCCGGGUACCAGUCAUGCACAAUGCUCUUGGCAGAACCAUAUCUUUAUUUUUCUAAGGAUAGUCAAUAAUUCAUUUUCAGUUGAACAUGAUGGAACUUCAAAAUGUAUUCAAAGACACGACUUAAUUUACAGGGAUCUCAGCAUAUAUGUUUGUUUUCAGCAUCUGGUCAUCUAUACAUAUACUCACAGCCAAAAGAAACGCGAACCAUAGUAACAUAUAGAAAAGAAUGUGCGUAAAGAAGAGAUGUUUCCAAUGUGUAGCAACUAAUGAAAAAACUAACAAUCAGUGAUCAUGAAGUCCUACCACAGAGUGUCAUUCUUAUCACGAUAUGCUGCAUGGAUUUAUGACGUCACAUGUGAUGCGUUCAUGAGCGUCGGUUCACACAACAUACCAGUAUGUUCGUUUGUGCAUCAAAUCAAUGUUACUUAUCUUGAAUAUGAAUAAUUAUUCCUAUAUUAACCAACAUCUAUAGUAUUCGCGUAUCUUUUGGCGGUGAGUAUAUAUGUAUGUAUAAUUCCCUCAGAUGGAAAUCCUGAAACACCCAGUCUGCGUUUAUUCUACUCAUAUAUUUCGAGGAAAUUUCCAGAAGUAUUUGUUUAUGAUUUUUUAAAUACUUUUGUAUAUUUUUCCCAGCGACUUACAUUAUUUUAAUAUAUGUAUACGGUGGCAUCUUUUCUACCGUUCUAGCCAUUAGAUAUCUUUGCUGUAAUUGCAAUGUGGUUCACAGCAAAACCCUUUUAAGUCCGAACCCCGUGAAUCCGGAAACCCGCUUUCCGGGUGAAUCUGUUGGAAACUCUUCCAUAUUUGGAAACGACGUGGCAUUUCGUCGACCCGAUGAUUCGUUCAUCCGGACACUGUUUUAACCUGACGAUUUCACGGGGAACGCAUUUACGGAUUAACGAGGUUACAUUGUACUGAGUAUUCACUUCAUGUCCGUACAUAUGCUGGCAAUGCCAAUGAUAUGAUCUAAUUGCGAGAUGUACCUUCAUCUUAAUUACUUGUUAGAAUAAACAAUUAAAAACAAA